AUGAGUUCGCACUCUACACCAUCGUUACUCGGCCCUGGCAGCAUUAGUUGUGAUCUGGAUUAUCAACCCAACGCUGCAUCGCUGCUAGACGCUGCAUCAAACAGCGAUGAUGUAGAGUUCGACGAUUUCAUAAAGCCGAAGAAGGAAAGCUCUAAAAUGACCAAACAGUUAAUGGGUUUGGAUUCAACCAUCCCCAAGCUAUAA